GGUUCCUCUUCCCCUUCACCAAAUCAAUGCACGGCUUCUCUUGAACCCAACAGCAACACCCUUCUCCCCUUUCUCAAAUCGAAUCACCGCCACGCUCCCCAUUUCCUAGCUCAUCGCCGUUCCUCCCCCUCAGCCGCACCUCUCAUCACAUGGCACACAUUGCCUUCCCCAACACCCACGAAGAAGGAAGAAACAGACCAGUGAGGGAGAGGGUCGCGCCGCCAGUGUCACUUGGUUCGUGGAUCCGUCACCUCUGCUCGUCGGUGCUGUUUAGGGGAGAAGGGAGGACGCGCGCGCAAGGGAGGAAGGAGCCACCUAGCUCGCUGCCGCCACACUGCUUGGGUCCGUCGAAUCCUCCCUGCUGCCGUCGUUCAUGUCGCGACCAGAGGGGAGUGAGAGACCAAGAGGGAGUUGUCGUGCAAAGAGGGAGCUCGCGGUGAAGAGAGAGGGGCGCUACCUUGCGCGCCACCGUCGCACCUGCAUACCGCCGCUGCUACCGCAAGCUCGCCGUCGCCGGAGCUGGAUAGUCGUCCUUGCCAGCUGCGAAGAGAAGCGAGGUGAAACCCCCUCCAUGUCUGCUGCUUCGGUCUGCUGCGAGAGGUCUUGGCGCCGCCGGAGCUUCCAUUACCGUCAGAAGCUGCCGCCGUCUAGCCAGCUGCUACAGUGGUUGCCGCCUGUCGUGAAUGGUUGCCGGAGAAGUGGUUGUGGCUGCCGGAACCAUACCGGAGCUUCUAGCAGUUUCCGUCGCUUGAGACCCUGCUGCUGUCGCCGGAAAAUUUUGCCGUUGAUCCACCGGAGCUUCUGGCCGCCGCCGGAGCUGUGCCGGGGCGGGUUCAAAACCGCAGCUGCUUCGUGUUGUUAUUCCGAGCUGUUUAUGCUGCUGCGAAAAUGUGUGGGGCUGUGCUUUGAAGCUGCCUUUGAUUUUGAGUUGAGGCGAAAAGAACUUAUGAGGCGCUUGGAUUAUGGAAUUGCGUUUUGAGGAUAUGGGCGCAGAAGUCAUGAAGAGUUUAUUUAAUUGUUGUUGAGAUGUUCUGUAUUGCUUUAGAUUAUUAUUUUUGUACCCUCGCCUUUACCUUGAUAUAUUCUGUAAGAGGGAUAGGAAUUGUAUUGGAUAAUGUUUGUAAUAUUAUUUAUUUAUAUGUAUGUAUCUAUAUAUGUGGAUGUACUCUUGAUGAGCUUUUGUAAGUUGUAUGGUAUCUAUGUAUGUAUGUUAUCGAACGAAAGUAAAUUUUGGAGUAGUAUUGCGGUUUAAAGUUUUAAACAGGCUCAUAUUUUAGUAUUAAAUAGUAUAAGUGUCGUCGUAAUGUCCGAGCUAUCAGAGUUGCGCAGCCGAAAGUGUGAGCUUUGGUAGUUAGGGUGUUACAGUUUCAAUAUGUUGUUAUGAUUUAAGAGGACUUCCCAAGGUUGUAAGA